AUCUAUGCUCUGCAUAUUUCACGAUCAGAUCGUUGAUUGUAUGUGAUUAUGCAGACUGACAACUUCAUGAGGAAAUAACAUUUUUAGUUUCAUGUGCUGCAGCAGAGCGAAAGCUACCAAGUUAGAAACAUAAUGUUGAAAGUUAACUUCCUUUUCUGAGAAAUUUAUUUGUUACAUAUUUAAUCAAGAGGUGCAGUUCGUUUUAAGCUGGCCAUGUUAAAUUCUGAAUAAAAGGAAGAAACGAACCUGCAACUCAAGCUCACUUGCCUGCCACCUGGCUGAACAUGGAGGAGUGGAAGCAGGCGGCCAUCUCUGCCCAGGAGGCGCUCCAGAAGACACUGGCGAGCACCCACCGGAAGUCGAAGGAGGUGCAGGAGGAAAUGAAGCGCGCAGUGGCCACGGCGCAGGUGAUGGAAACGAGGGAUAUGGACCGAUUGAAGAAUUGUGGUACGGAUCGCCACAGGCUCCGGACUGGUACAAAUUCGAAGAAGCUGACAGCCCAUCAGAGUUCACCGACGGGGAAGAACGCAUCGUUGGCGGCUCCGAUGCCUUUCCAGGUGGUGGCCGGCGAGUAUGACCUGACUGUGGACGAGGGUACUGAGCAGGUCGUGGGAGUCUCUGAGGCGUUCAUCUACCCGUACCUUGCCCAUGGUGGCUUGUACAACGAUACGGCGCUCCUGCGGCUGAACUCUUCGCUGGAGUUCAACGUCAACGUCAGCGCCAUAUCGCUCCCAGAGUACAACUCCACCCCUGAAGCUGGCUCUAACGCGACGAUGGUGGGAUGGGGCAGCACAAGCAACACCAGCCAGCCGACGUGGCCCUCGCUCCUGCAGUGGGCCGUGGUGCCCAUCAUCUCCCUGCAGGAGUGCAUCCCGCUGGCCAGCAACGUGCCCGGCGUCAACCACCUCUGCACCGACGCCCUGCCUGACAAAUCCAUAUGCACGCGCGACCCCGGGGGCCCGCUGGUGCAGGACGGGGCCGUCAUCGGCAUCGCCUCGUGGAACCUCAACCCGUGCACCACCUACCCGUACCCCUCUAUAUUCUGCCAGGUCUCUAACUUCCUCGAUUUCAUCUACGGUCUCAUGUCAUCCUGAAGGUAAUGAUAAGAGCCGGGUCCGUGUAUGCUUCAGUUAUCUUUGGAAGUAAUCUGCAAUUCACGAUGAUUCAGUCUUUGGAGAUAUCUCUUCUGCAAACUAAACACUUGAUUUUUACUGUCUAUCCCAAGGACUGUGACAGCUGGCCAGUGAAGAUAAAGGUAAUACAAUAUACGUGUUCCUGUUUACCUAA